AUGGCGCUGGUGGUUGUGAGGUUGAUAAACGUUGGCGGUUCGAAGGAAAUUUUUGGUCAUAAUUUAAUAAUUUAGCUGGUACUAAGUGCCAACGUCAUCAAACAUAACCCAGAAAGUACACGUAUUCCCGGAGCAUACCCAAAAUGCUCAUAAAAUUCGAAACUAAGUCAGCCAGGGUGAAAGGAUUAUCGUUUCACCCUAAACGACCAUGGGUUUUAGCGAGUUUACACAUCGGAGUGAUUCAAUUAUGGGAUUACCGAAUGUGUACUUUACUUGAAAAAUUUGAUGAACACGACGGUCCGGUUCGAGGAAUUUGCUUCCAUAAUCAACAACCCUUGUUUGUAUCAGGGGGUGAUGAUUAUAAAAUAAAAGUAUGGAACUACAAGCAAAAACGUUGCAUUUUCACCCUUUUGGGCCACUUAGAUUACAUUCGUACAACAAUGUUUCACCACGAAUACCCAUGGAUUGUAUCCGCAUCCGACGACCAAACAAUUCGCAUUUGGAAUUGGCAAAGUCGUGCUUGUAUAUGCGUUUUAACCGGCCAUAACCACUAUGUAAUGUGUGCGAUGUUCCACCCGACCGAGGAUAUGCUCGUUUCGGCUUCGUUGGACCAAACGGUUCGUGUUUGGGAUAUCUCGGGGUUGAGAAAGAAAAAUGUCGCCCCUGGACCGGGUGGGUUAGAGGAUCAUUUAAAAAAUCCGGGGGCUACUGAUUUAUUCGGACAAGCCGACGCGGUUGUAAAGCACGUCCUUGAAGGUCAUGAUCGAGGUGUUAAUUGGGCUUCUUUCCACCCAACUUUGCCAUUAAUUGUUUCGGGUGCCGACGACAGGCAAAUUAAAUUAUGGAGAAUGAACGAUUCGAAAGCUUGGGAAUUAGAUACAUGUCGGGGACAUUACAAUAACGUCUCUUGCGUCUUAUUUCAUCCAAGACAAGAUGUGUUAUUAUCCAACAGCGAAGAUAAAAGCAUCCGCGUGUGGGAUAUGUCAAAAAGAACGUGUUUAUACACAUCAAGGCGAGAACACGAACGUUUUUGGGUGUUAACAGCUCACCCAACUUUAAAUUUAUUCGCAGCCGGUCACGAUGGCGGCAUGGUUAUCUUUAAAUUAGAGCGCGAAAGACCGGCUUACACCGUAUUCGGAAAUAUUUUAUAUUACGUUAAAGAACGCUGCUUGCGUAAGCUAGAUUUUACAACAUCCAAAGACCUCCCGGUUGUUCAAAUAAGAACUCCCGCGAAAACCCCGGUUUAUAGCAUGUCGUUUAACCCCGCUGAAAACGCCGUUUUGCUUUGUACUCGUGCUACUUUAGUCGAGAACAGCACGUACGAUUUAUACUCAAUUCCAAAAGAUGCCGAUUCGAACGUUGAAAGUCAAGUUCCGGAAGCCGAAGGGAAAAGAUCGCCUGGAAUUACUUCGUUAUGGGUCGCCAGGAACCGAUUCGCCGUUUUGGAUCGAACUUAUCAAUUGGUUAUUAAAAAUUUAAAGAACGAAGUUACCAAAAAGGUUCAAACUCCUAAUUGCGAUGAGAUAUUUUAUGCCGGAACCGGAAUGUUACUUCUAAGGGAUUCCGAUUCCGUCAUUUUAUUCGAUGUUCAACAAAAAAGAACUGUUGCGCAAGUAAAAGUAACAAGUUUACGCUACGUUGAGUGGUCAUCUGAUAUGGGUUAUGUAGCGCUUUUAGGUCGUCAUAGUGUAACUAUAUGCAAUAGAAAGUUAGAUUUGCUUUGUUCACUUCACGAAAGUAGCAGGGUUAAAUCUGGAGCUUGGGAUGAUUCCGGAGUGUUCAUUUACACAACCAGUAAUCAUAUAAAAUACACUUUAAUUAAUGGUGAUCACGGAAUUAUCCGAACGUUAGAUUUACCAAUUUAUAUAACCCGGGUUAAAGGAAACAACGUAUUUUGCUUAGACCGUGAAUGCAAACCGCGCACAUUCACAAUUGACCCGACAGAAUUCAAAUUUAAGCUCGCUUUGAUUCACCAUAAAUACGAAGAUGUUUUGUAUAUGGUUAAAAAUGCUCGUUUAGUCGGCCAGGCGAUAAUCUCAUACUUGCAAAAGAAAGGGUACCCGGAAGUUGCUUUACAUUUCGUAAAAGACGAUAAAACGCGGUUUACGCUCGCUUUAGAAUGCGGAAACAUUGAGAUUGCUUUAGAUGCGGCAAAAUCAUUAAACGACAAGCAAUGUUGGGAUCAAUUAGCGGAAGCCGCUUUGAUGCAUGGGAACCAUCAAGUGGUUGAAAUGUGUUAUCAACGUACAAAAAGUUUCGAUAAAUUAUCAUUUUUGUAUUUAAUAACCGGCAAUUUGGAUAAAUUGCGUAAAAUGACGAAAAUUGCUGAGAUUCGCAAAGAAAAAUCUGCACAAUACCAUGGAACUCUUUUAUUGGGAGACGUUGAGGAACGAGUUCGCCUUCUCAAACAAACCAAUUUAAACUCAUUAGCUUAUUUAACAGCCGCCACCCACGGUUUAAUCGAAGAAGCCGAAGAAUUAAAGAGCACUUUUGGUGAUAAACCCGUUCCUGAUGUUCAACCAAACGCGAAAUUCUUAAAACCUCCACCCCCUAUUCAACAAGCAGAAACAAAUUGGCCUUUACUGACAGUAAAUCGUGGCUUCUUCGAAAGCGCUUCCAUGGCUAAAACCUCCAAUUUGGCCAAUCUUGAUAUUGACACUAACAUUGAGGGAGGUGAUAUUGUCGAAGUUGAAGGCUGGGGUGAUGACGAAGACGAACAAGAAGACGGAGAUGUUAUUACGAAGAAAAUGGAUGUGGGAGGUGGUGAUGGAGAUGGUGGUUGGGAUGUUGAUGACACCGAUUUAGUCAUUCCUGAAGUUGCAGCUCAACAAACCGCCGCUGGAAGUGGUUUUAUUCAUUUACCUACUAGCGGUACUUCUAGCCAAACGAUUUGGGCUAAAGUUUCGCAAUUACCAGCAGAUCAUAUCUCAGCUGGCUCGUUUGAGUAUGCUUGUAGGCUUCUAAAUGAUCAGAUUGGAGUGGUAAAUUUUGUUCCAUAUCGCACGUUAUUCUCAACAUUAUACAUGUCAUCAAAAACAUAUUUUACAUGGCAACAAACGAUUCCGCCUUUUAGUAAUAACGUAAAUCGUUUAUCGAAAGAUCCAAAGCGUCCACAACCUCAGCGUUUGAUAACGAUUAAACUAAAAGAUUUAGUUCAACGCUUACAAGUUUGUUAUCAAUUAACCACUGGUGGUAAAUUUUCCGAGGCGAUUGAACGUUUCCAAGAGUUAUUGCUUCAAGUGACGUUAUUGGUUGUUGAUAAUAAACAAGAAACGGCGGAGGCGGAACAAUUAUUAAAAAUUUGUAGCGAGUAUAUCCUUGGAUUAAAAAUGGAAACGUUGCGUAAAAGCACACCAAAAGGCACGAUUGACGAACAAAAACGCCAAUGUGAAAUGGCGGCGUAUUUUACACAUUGUAAUCUACAACCCGUGCAUCAAAUGUUGACGCUGCGAACUGCUUUGAACAUGUUUUUCAAGAUGAAAAAUUACAAAACCGCCGCUAGUUUCGCUAAGAGAUUAUUGGAGUUAGGACCGCGACCGGAAGUCGCGCAACAAACGCGAAAAUUGCUUUUAGCUUGUGAUAAUAAUUUAACGGAUGAGCUUAAUUUGCAAUACGAUGAACAUAAUCCGUUUAAUUUGUGUGGACUUUCUUAUAAACCGAUUUAUAGGGGUAAUGCUGAAGAGAAAUGUCCGCUUUGUUCCACAAGUUACUUACCGGAGUAUAAGGGAAGUUUGUGUAACGUUUGCGAAGUUUCUGAAAUUGGUAUGAAAUGUUCCGGGUUAAGAAUUAGUACUCUACAAAGUUUGUAUCAUUAGAUUUAAGAAAAUAAGUAUUAUUUAGUUGUUUAUAUAUAUUAACGAGUUUUUUUUGUUAUAAAUGUUU